AUGGACCACGCUGUCUUCAAACAUUUCAGCAUCAUUAAGCGGAUUGAAGGCAAAGCACAGCAGUACGAGUGUAAGUACUGCUUCAAUGUUUUCACCGGUGCAGUCAUUCGUUGCGCGCAGCACCUGAGCUCGUGGAAGGGAAUGAAGCGUCGCGAGGUGAUGCUUUGCAAGGAGGCACCGCAAGACGUACGCAAGGAGAUGCGCACCAAAUACGAAAACCUGGCUGCCGCGAACGAGGAAAAGUGCCGAGCAACAUCUGCUGCGGUUGCGGCGGUCCAGGCUGGCGGUGGGAAGCGGCGCAUAACCGACUACUUGGAGGGAGAUGCUGCUGCGGCUAAGUGGGAUGCUCACGAGGGCCUUGCGCUGAUGUUUGCGGCCUGCAGAAUCCUGGAGAUCACCAUAAACCACCCGCUGUUCGUCAACGCCAUGCUGCUCGUCAACCGCGCCGGCCCCGGCUACGUCCCCCCCAAGAGGAGCUUCAUUGGCGGGGCUGGACUAGUCGCUGUCCGCAAAGGGAUUGAGCAGGGGCUGAUGGGGAUUAAAACGAGCUGGAAGAAGACGGGGGUAACAAUUGCAUCCGACAUGAUGACGGACAAAUGUGGGAGGGCGCAAGCGAACGUCCUUCUGAUUAACGACUCCGGCGCCGUCUUCAAGGAGGCGAUCGAGUGCGGUAUGGAGCGUAAGACGGGGGGAUACGUAGCGGGGAUUCUGCAGCCGGUGGUGGAGGAGGUAGGACCAGAAAAUGUGGUCGUGUUUUGUAUGGAUGGGGGAUCGAACUAUGCCGUGGCUGUCCAGGAGCUGAUUGCCAAGUGGCCCCACAUUCAGCAGGUCCCUUGUGCCACGCAUGUGAUGGAUCUCCUCCAGGAGGACGUGGGAAAGAUGGGGUGGGCAAAAGGGGUGGUGGAUCGGACUGGGGAGAUGACCCCGGAGUUGGUGGAGGGGAAGGUGCUGCAGCCGCUGAAGCUGGCGGGAACACGGUUCGGGACACAGUACAUUGCUGUGUCCCGCCUUUGUGAGUUGCGUAGCACCCUGAACGCGAUGGUACUUACCGACUGGUGGAAGGAGUGGGCCGUGGGGUCGCGGAAGGAAGCUGCCAAGACCUUUGCUGCUCGGGUCCUCGAUGCCGCAUGGUGGCGGACAGCUGAAUUCUUCUGCAAGCUGAUGAAACUGCCCUACAAGGCGAUGCGGCAGACGGACACAGAUGCCAAGGGGAUGAUGGGCCGGCUUUAUGAUGUAAUGCUGCAGCUUACGGAGGAUGUCAACAACCUCUUGGACGAGGAUGAGCAGCAGCUGAGUAGCACGGACAAGGUGCAGAUCCGUCGCAUCAUCAAGAACCGUUGGGAUAACAACCUCGCCUGCGCCAUGCACGUUGCUGGCCGAAUCCUCAACCCCGCCAACCAGGAGAAGGACAUCUUCGGCAGCGACGCCGAAUGCACCCGGGUUUUCAAGGCAUUUAUCAACCAGCACGCGGAGUUCCUCAUCGGCCACGACAGGAAGGGGAGGGAGGAGGGUGUUGAUUACUUGCUUGCCUUGGGUGACGGGCUGAGGGCUUUCUUGGACCUGAAAGGAAGUUUCGGGAUGCCGGAGGCGCUUGCACAAAGGGCGAAGGUGAAGGCGGGUAAAUACAGCAUGGUGAAGUGGUGGCAGUGGAACGGCACAGAUGCACCUCACCUGAUGUCUCUCGCCGUGAGGCUUCCCUCUGUUUCCACUUUCCUUGUCCGGGAUUUUUCCACCUGCGCUCCCCCACCUUCGUCCAACCUCCUCCCUUCCCACUCUCCCAUCAUCCCUGUUUCUCCUCUUCCUGAUCUCACCUAUUCCCUCUCCACCCUCGUCCUAUCUCCUCCCUUCCCACUCUCCCAUCAUCCCUGUUUCCCCUCUUCCAUAUCUCACCUAUUCUCUCUCCGCCCUCGUCCUAUCUCCUCCCUGCCCUCUCUCCCAUCGUCAAUGUCUCGCCUCUUUUCUCUCUUCCCUCGUCCCUGA